GUAAGAUUUUCCCUCUGAUUUAGCCAAAUUUGUCAAGAAUUUCACCCGGUUUAUCCUCAAUCUCGCACUAAUACAAAUGCACAUGGAUUACUCCACAAGCGAAGGUGGCAAGCAAAACAAAAACGAGAUGACAAAUCAUUUUGUGUGUCGUUAUCAAAUUGUAGCUUAAGAAUCAUGCAUUUAAUUUAAUUAAAAAAUUAUAUGUGUCGCCGUUGGCGGUAAUUGUUUUAGCUACCGACCUUGAUUGGUGCUCAAGAGUGGAAUGGUAAAUGUAGAUGCUGACGAACAAUCGAAUUAUUAGUUGGAAGUCCCUGGGGAGACAUUCCAUUCAAAAAGGUAGCAAGUGCUGAUGUAAUGAUAACCUUGCUUUGAAAACAAAUUGGAAGCAGAGCUAAGGAUAAGCGUACAAGUGAUGUACUGCAUUAGCUUCACGAUAGGCCGCAGGCACGUUAUAGUAAGCGUUCUUGACUGGAGUAGUCCCAUGUCGCUCGCCGUGGAUCGACCGAGGAGCGAUCUCAGCCCUCUUGGAACAACAUGGAAGAUCGCGCUAUCUAGUGAUUUGCACCCUGGCACUAUAACUUCCGCUUCCACUAGGCAUUCCACAAUCAUGGGUGAUGGUGAGCCGUAUGCAUGCAAACCUUUUAAACGGAUCCAGUCCUCCCCACCGAUGACGUUGACAUCUGCGCCCGAAUCGACCAGGAACUGGAUAGGGCUAGAUGAUCCUAACUGGCAGUUGACCAGUACGUCUGCUAGAGAGAGUGUGCACACAGUCUACAAUAGGAGAGACGGAAAUUUUUGUGUGAAAUGCAAAAUAAAAAUAUGUUUACGAGAUGUAUUUCGAACAAAAAUAUUACAGCAAACAAAAUAA